AAAAUACCAAAUUACUAAAUAAAGUACUAAAUUUUAUUGAAAACUUAAACUUUGUAGUAUUCAAGUUUUUAGUUAACAAAAAAAGCUUUAAUUUUUUUUGUUUAAACUUAUUAACUUUCUAUAAGAAAGACAAGAAAUAUGUCCUCGAAACCAAAAAAAGGAUUAUUUAUAUAAAUUAUAAUGAAACUUUGAUACGUAUAAUCUGUCGCUUGAAAUUGUGUAUGUAGUAUAUCGACAUUUUCAAUUUCAAGUUAAAUAAAAUUUGACGAAAAGGGCGUGGUGGAUAUGAUAUACAAGGAAGAAAUAAAAGAAAUGAGGUAGGUCUUAGAAUAUUUUGGGCUUUCAAUUAAAAAGGUUUGGAUGAAUAGGCCUAUUAAAAGAACCCGGAUCCGAAAUAGCCAGACCGGGUAAAGAGAUUCGGAUAUUUGCAUUUUGAAUUGAAAACUCCGCUCUCGUCGUCUCUCCUCCAUAUUUUCCUAUCUUUGUUUUUUUUUGUUUGUCUUUCUCCUCUAAUUUCAAAAGAGCCGUUAGAGAGAGAAAGAUAGAGAGAGAGACGAGUCGAAUCUGAGCAAAUCGGAGAUGGCUACGAAGAUUGGGAUGAUGGAUUCUGCUUAUUUCGUUGGUAGAUCUGAGAUUCUGGCUUGGAUUAACUCUACUCUCCAACUUAAUCUCUCCAAAGUCGAAGAGGCUAGUUCAGGCGCUGUUCAUUGUCAGCUAAUGGAUUCGGUACACCCUGGAACUGUUCCGAUGCACAAGGUUAAUUUUGAUGCCAAGAGCGAGUAUGAGAUGAUUCAGAACUAUAAAGUUCUUCAGGAUGUCUUUAAUAAACUUAAGAUCACUAAGCACAUCGAAGUGAGCAAACUCGUUAAGGGAAGGCCAUUGGAUAACUUGGAGUUUAUGCAGUGGAUGAAGAAGUACUGUGAUUCUGUUAAUGGAGGCCAGCAUAAUUACCACGCACUGGAGAGAAGAGAAGCCAGCAAAGGAGGAAAAGAAGCAACCAAGAGAGCUGCAGCUACACAACAAUCAGCCAAGAGUUCUUCUUCUUCUUCAGCUGCACCUACUAGACCUUCGUCUUCUAAUGGAACCCGUAAACACGAACCACAGUCCUCCAAUUCCGGGAAUCACCACUCUUCUUCAACUGGGAAUCACCACUCUUCAAAACCAUCAGCUAAACAAUCUAAACCAGUGCCUGCUUAUGAUGAAAAGAUCACAGAACUGAAACUCUACAUAGACAGCUUAGAGAAAGAAAGAGACUUCUAUUUCUCUAAACUAAGAGAUGUGGAGAUUCUCUGCCAAAACCCAGACACAGAACACUUACCUCUUGUUGGCUCCAUAAAAAGAAUCCUAUACGCAGCAGAUGGAGAAGACGUUGGAGCAGCAGCUGAGACGACAGAGAUACAGCAGACUUUGAGCCCCAUUGCUGAAGGAUCAGAAGAAAGAAGAAACAGUGUAGUAGAGUCGCAGAAGAGGAAACUCAUAGUGAAUCACGACGUCGAAGCUGCGGCGAUUACAACACACUCUCCAAGACAACGCCUUUCUGAUGCUUCUGAUGUCAAAUGCAGUGGUUCAUCUCCUCUCUUGACCUGCUGAAUCACUUAGCUACUUGCUAUAUAAUACUACUCUAUUAUGAAAACAUUCUCUCUCAGAGAAUCUGGCUCUAUGUUUGAAAAAAAAUUCCAUAUCCCUUCUUAUAAACUUACUACUACUAAGUACUCUGUUGAAAAAUAUCAUUUGUUGUGAUGUUUUGUGAUCAUUAUGGUAUAAUAUGUUUUGGCUCCUA